GGCUGCCGUAGACAGGAAGUGAGAACACAACAGCCAACAUGGUGCUGGAAAAGAAAGGUUCCGCUCGGGUGGAGGCCGGGCAGCGCAGAGUUUUGGAUGAAGCCACCAGGCAGAGGAGACUGACCAGGCAGCUGGAGGCUCUGGAGAAGGACAACUUCCAGGACGACCCGCUGUCCUCCCUCCCUCCCCCAGGUCCUACUGCCCGCCUUCCGGCCUUCAGCGAGACAGAAGAACCAGAGAAGAAGAAGAGGAAGACGAGGGGCGAUCACUUCAAGCAGCGUUUCAGGAAGAACUUCACCACGCUGCUGGAGGAGGAGAACCUGUCGGAGAAGCCGGAGCCUAACUACCUGUCUGCGGCGGCCCCUCCCUCCUCCCUGCCCCCCCGGCACUUCUGCUGCGUCUGUGGUUUCCCCUCUCACUACACCUGCACCACCUGCGGGGGGCGCUACUGCAGCACCAAGUGUCUGUGCACGCACAGAGAGACCAGGUGUUUGAAGUGGACACUCUAGCUGCCGCCUCGUCACCGUGGUGACGGCGAUGAUGGGAUGGCGUCACCUGUUCGGAGGCUUCGAACCUGUGAACUGUGGCUUCGCUCGGAGUUUAUUGGCUUCUAUGAGAGCAGAUGGACGGACACACACACACACAGCUGUACAGUCAUGACAGUGGACCUUUAAACAGCAUCAUCAUGGUCAGCAGUGAUGUCACAGUGUACUGGAGUACACAUGUGCAUCACUGCAGCAGGUGGGACUUUAACCCGCUGGACGUCAGGAUUUACAGGAAGUGCUAAGUUUCUUUUUAACUUUUUUUUUUUUUGACUCAGUUUGCACAUUUUCCUCCAAACUGUUCCUGUUAUUCCUCGUCCCAUGAUGCCUUGCGUGGAUGAUGGGCACGCCUCUCGGUACUUCCCCUCACUGAGCCGGAGUUAGCGACAUGCUACAGGUGUCUUCCUCUCUUCGCACAGAUUAUUGGCCAAUAAAUGAUGUUUAAAAACAACCCGUGACACCGAGAGUCACAUGCUCGGAUCGAAUCCGCCCUCAUGUCUGGCUGCAGCCAGCAGCCGGUUAGCUUAGCUUAGCAUAAAGACUGGAAACAAGGGGAAACGGCUAGCCUGGCUCUGUCCGAAGGGAACGCCUCCCAGCGGCUCUGAAGCUCCCUGAUCAAGAGACGUUCAGCUUUUCUCUGCCAGCCAAUCAGGAGCAAGGAAAGGCGGGGUUUAAUGUUAUCGAUAAACACUGAAUGAAUGUAUUUAGCUCCGAGGGAUGGUUAUCAGCGCGUUGCUCUGCUGCCACUGCGGAUGUUCAGUAAAGCUGGAACGUCACAAGGUUUCAGGCCUCCGGUUUGUUUUGUUCAGUGUAUAGAAACGCAGGAAAUAGAAUUUACAUGAACGGUGAAGUAAAAUAAAAAAGAUUUGAUAUA